AAGUCACAGUGCCAUCCAUUCUCCAGCAUUCAGAGCUUAGCCGUACUCCAUAUACUGAACAUUGAAGAUUCAUUGUUCCUAGAACGACGCCAUGCUGACACCCAUAGAGAUUGUGAAUCGGCAGCUGUUCAAUAAUAGCUGUUUAAUAGCACUUUCAUAGAAGAAAACAUACCACGGACAGAAAUGCGAAAAUUGGAUGCCGUAUUAUCUGCUCUUUGUUAUGUCUAUGCGAACAUUAUUAGGUCACUAAAUUCUUCGAUAUGAUGAUUAGCCUCUCACAAUUUUCUUUUACCGUACACCAAAUUCCCAACUCCUAGGCAACUUGUCGCAAGAACGGCGAAAGAUAGAACCUCAUCCUACAGUAUCAUUUCUUGCAAAAAGUAUCAUCAUCUUAGGAAGAAUAAGCAUGACUAGUCUCUAGACAUGGAAGCACAUAAAUCAUGCGAUAUGCGAUGCUUGAAUCUUAUUAAACUUAAUCAUUCUUCCAGAAAGUAUUAACCCUAGAGAAGAUUCAACCACUGAGACAGCCGCUUGUCGAUAUGACUGCAAGGAAAGCAAUUAUGCGAGAUCAGUCUCUGUCAUUAAAUGCGAAAGUUUUCUUUAGUCAUGAUAAAUUUUACCCUCGCUUGAUGUGAGUGGGCUUCAUUACCAAGAUGCGGAAUCAUCAAUGUCCAAAGGUUGAGCUCAUUACUCACAGAGGUUUUCAGUAAGCACUGAAUAAUAGCCAAAAAGUGAUUUUGAUCAUGAAUAAUUAUAGGAAGAAAAGCUAGCAUCUUUGCUGUCAAAACUUUAUAAAGUUUUCGCUGUUGCCAUUCUUGAAGAACACACAACAUUAACACAAAAUUAACAACAAAUACAAAACCAAAAAAUUCGUCACUAUUCCAACAAGAUUACUUUGAAAUGGACGACCAUCUCUCCGGCUCAGACUCCAAAAUCUCGGGCACUCAUUCGGAGACAAAAGUAGCAACACCAGAAAGUCUAACGCCAUCCACCACACCGUGCCCUAUAGUUCUCCCUGGGGUAGAGAAGUUAUUUUCGCAGAUUGAUGGAUCUUCUAAAAUGUCUAGUCCUGUCCCUAAAAGCGCUCCUUUGACUCAAGACAAGGCAAUACAAACGUCCGACACGCAACUAGGCAAUCCUUUCUUCAUUCCAAAUCUAACACAGGCCGGUGAUGGAAUCAACACGCCCUACAUGGACUCAGAUUUUGGAAGCCUAAUAAAUCUUCAUCCCAGCCUAAAUCUUUUUGAUGGUAACACGUUCCCGGACUUUUCAAAAAUGCGUUUUAAUACACCGUUGGCAGGAGGAGGUAUAUACGAGCCGGGAAGCGACAUCGCUCACUUAUCUCCCGCGCAGAAUGCUGGAAAUCAAGCGACAGACCCAUCAGCUGUCCAUAUAUUUUCUUCAGAGCCGCGAUCUGAUACUCAUCAAAUGCUGCCUCUACCACCAUUCUCCUCGACUAAAGAAGCAUCUUCUGGCCUCGGCCAUAAACCCACAACUUCACACGAUCAUGACGCACAAGAAACAAACAUCGGUGGAAAAUAUGUGGCUAACCCGGUCCAAAAUGGUAAGCCCUGGAGUUCUAUUUAUGGGGUCCUUAAGCAAGCAGCAGGUUCCAAGCCAUCUUUUGCGACUACAGGUCCUAGUAGCACAGCAUCUGAAAGCAAACUGUCAUCAGCAUCCGUAAAAUACCCAAGUUCCAGGCCUACUAAACCAAAAUCUCCACUCAUAAGAACCUCCAUAAAGGCACCCAAGCCUUCCAGACGUCAAUAUGAAAGACACGGAAUUCCUGAUAUUGAUUCGCCUCCAACAACCAAACCACGUCAUCCAACACCACCUCUCACUCCAAUCCCGUACUUCCCUCCAGUUUCGCAACCACCUCAAUCAAUUGACCCAUCUCUCGUCGGAAGAGCACCUCAAUCUUGUCCAACCUCAUCGACUGCUACACCGAACAGACGUGUGUCACCAUUUCAAGAAAACCCACCACAGAAAACGUCGGUGCCAGCAGUGCUUUCACGGAAAAGACCUAUUUCUCCACCCAUCAGGCCCGCGAAACGUAUACAUCGAAAAAAAAUUUCUAGCAGAUCGCAUGAAAGUGAGCGCAAAUGAAGCAUUAAAGACCGUGGUAUGGGAAUUAGAGGAGGUGGAUGGAAUAGUUGGAUUUUUUGAUUCGGUACCUUCAUUUGUCUUUCCUUACAUUCUUUUUUUGGUUAUUUUGUUUCUGCUGGUUCCUCUUUCGUGGGUAUGUUGGAUAUGUCAAAUUUAGGAUGUAGUUUGAGGAAGGAGAUACUUUAAUGUGGAUGAUGAAUGUAUCGUACUUCGGUUAGAUUUGGGAAGGUUAAAUUCACAUUUUCGUUCGUUUUCGAUGCUAUUACUAAAGAGUGAAUCAAUAACUGGAUUCUUACUUUGAGUCAAAUCUGAUUGUCUUGAAUUCUUGUCGUCUGCAUGAGGAAUAUUGUGAGCUCAUUCCGCAAAAUCGUAUGACUUGGAUUGGCAUUACACCCAUCAUAGUUUCGAGUCUCUAAGAAGCCUUCGCCCAAUGAAGUAGCCUUUACCCAGGAAUUCACAUACUAUCAAGAUAAUGAUAAGAUCAGAUCAUACAACAAAACUUUAUGUUAAAGAUAUUAUUUAAAAACCAUCGACCAAGUGCCAGAUUACAUACACAUCUC